GCAACGAACUCAGGAACGCGAUCUCUCCUACAUACCCUUACCGAGAUCUCCACGGUCGUAUUAUAGGCGCCCCAUAACCACCGGCCGACCUGCGAGAAAAGCAGUUGCGCUCUUUGACACCAAACUCGCACGCCGCACACAUCUGAGUAGACAUCCAGAACAAUGGAUGAAGAGGACGAUGAUCUCUACGGCCCGUCCGAGCCCACUACGGAAACCAAAAAGGAGCAAAAGAAAGAGGAGGAUGCAUCCAGUGGAGGCGAAGCUAUGGACGAGGGCGCAGACUCAGGCGACGACGAUGACAGCGACUCAGAACUUGAAUUCAUUAUCGACAAGCCAGCAACCGCGCCAAAAGCAGCAGCCGCAACGCAACCCCAAGAAUCCAAAGCUAUAAAGAUCGAAGCACCACCCCAAUCAACAUCCACACCACAGCCACCAUCCGUACAACAAGCCCGCCCAACCCCCGGCACCGCGCCCCAAGUCGCCCAAAUAUCCGGCCAAGGCUACCCAGCGCUACACACCUCCAACGUCGACGUAAACGCGACACCCAUCUACCCUCCCUUGAACAAACCCCUUCUGCACGUCGAUCUCGACGCCGACCUGGCCGAAGAACACAAGCUCUGGCGCCGCCCGGGCGAAGAUUACUCCGACUACUUCAACUACGGCUUCGACGAGUUCACAUGGGAGACGUACCGCCUGAAGCAGCAGCAAAUGAGCCAGACGAUCCAGCAGCAGAAGGCCGAGAUGGCUCAGAUGCAGCAGAUGAUGUCGGGUGGCAUGCCGGGGAUGCCGCCGAUGCCGGGUGGUGGUGCGCCUGCGGGGGCGCCGCAGGGCCCCGGCGCGAUGAACGGGAUGGGUGGCAUGCCGCCCGGUGGAAUGGACGAGGGGCAGAUGCAGAUGAUGAUGCAGCAGAUGGCGAGCAGUGGUAUGGAUCCGAGCCAGAUGGAUUUUGCGACAUUCAUGCAGAUGGCUGGCGGUGGUAUGGGUGGGCCUGGUGGGCCGGGAGGGUUUGGCGGGGGAGCACAGCAAGGUGGUGGGUUUCAACAAGGGCAUCAGGGUGGAGGUGGACGAGGCGGCAGAGGAAGAGGCAGAGGGUGGUGAUUAAGCAGGGGACGGCGUUUUAUGUGCAAGACUACGAUACCACGGAAGCUUUCUCAUCAUAUGAAUGGCAAAAGUUCAAGCAACGCGCUCGGACUUGAAUGUUUGAUAAAGUCGAUUGGA